AUGAGCAGCCAACACCAGUAUAUGAGCACCUCCAGCUCAAGAAUAGGGGAUAUUGAACAUAUCAGUCACUUGUCAGAGCACAUAGGGUCCUUGUGUCUUUCUUCAGAGUACUCAGAUGUAACUCUCAUAGUGGAGGGGCAAAGGAUUCCUGCUCACAAAGUCAUCCUUGCAGCAAGCAGUGAUUACUUUAGAGCUUUAUUAUAUGGAGGCAUGAGGGAAGCUAAUCAGGCAGAAGUAGAAUUACAAGCGCCACUGCUAGCAUUUAAAGCACUGUUGCGGUAUGUUUAUUCUGGACAUAUGGGACUAUCCCUGCUCAGAGAAGACACAGUGCUAGAUAUGCUGGGUCUGGCCCAUCAGUUCAACUUCCAGGAGCUAGAAACAGCCAUAUCAGAUUAUCUGCGGCAAGUUCUUGCUUUAAGGAAUGUGUGUGCUGUCCUCGAUGCUGCUAGGUUGUACGGCCUAGACGCCUUGAUGGACUACUGCUACAAUUACCUCGACAAGAACGCCAAAGAGGUCCUGCAACAUGACACCUUCCUCCAGCUAUCUGUUGAAGCAUUACAAGGUCUGUUGGAGCGGGACUCGUUCUUCGCGCCAGAAGUGGACAUCUUCAAGGCAGUCUGCAACUGGUUUAACGCUAACCAGCAGUGGGUGAAGUCCGAGAGCGGCAUGGCGCAAGUGGAGAAAAUCCUAAAGUGCGUGCGUUUGACGUUGAUGAGUCUAGAGGAGCUGCUGACCAUUGUACGGCCCUUCGCGCUCGUGACUCCCGACAUGUUACUGGACGCCAUACAGGAGAAGACGCAGACCAAGAGCACGGAGCUGCGUCACCGGGGACUGCUCUUGCCAGAAGAGAACGUGGCGACCCCGAAGCGCGGCGCGCGCGUGGUGGCCGGCGACAUGCGCGCCGCGCUGCUGGACGGCGACACCGACACCUACGACAUGGAGCGCGGCUACACGCGACACACCAUCUCCGACGCGCCCGACAACCCCGGCAUCGUGGUGCGCCUCGCCGAGCCCACCAUCAUCAACCACGUGCGCUUGCUGCUGUGGGAUAGGGAUAACAGGUCGUACGCGUACUACAUAGAGGUGUCCGUGGACCAGAAGGACUGGGUGCGCGUGAUCGACCACAGCAACUACUUCUGCCGCUCCUGGCAGAACCUGUACUUCGAGGGGCGCGUGGUGCAGUACAUCAAGGUGGUGGGCACCAGCAAUACUGUCAAUAAGGUGUUCCACGCGGUGUCGCUGGAGGCGCUGCACACGGCGCGCGUGCCGCCGCUGUGCGACGGGCUGGUGCGGCCCACGCACAACGUGGCCACGCUCGACCUCUCCGCCGCCGUCAUUGAGGGCAUCAGCCGGUCGCGCAACGCGCUGCUGAACGGCGACACGGAGCACUACGACUGGGAGCAGGGCUACACGUGCCACCAGCUGGGCUCGGGCGCCAUCGUGGUGCAGCUGGCGCAGCCCUACCUGCUGUCGUCGCUGCGCAUGCUGCUGUGGGACUGCGACUACCGCCACUACUCCUACUACGUCGAGGUCUCGCUCAACUACUGGAAUUGGGAUACUGUGGCCGAUAGGACAAGGGAUGCGUGCAGAUCUUGGCAGGUGAUCUAUUUCCCGCCUCGACCGGUGUCCAUCAUUCGCAUCGUCGGCACCAAUAACUCUGUCAAUGAAGUGUUCCACCUGGUGCACCUGGAGUGUCCGGCGCAGGUGGAGGACACGCGCGAGGACCCCGCCGCCAAGAAGCAGCGCGCCGCACGCGACCCCGGCUGCGACCCCAGGGAGACACAGGAAAAUGAAGCAGCCAGCACUCGGUCGAACAGUCCCAUAGAACCGAUGCUGGUGCCGGCGCUGCGCGCGCGCCUGCCGCCCGCCGAGACCGCCACCGAGGCGGAGGAGGGCUACGACGAC